AUGUCUACUGCUGCAUCUUUUUUUGGUCAGAACGUCUUGAACAGAGUUUCUUUCUUACGAUGCUCGAAAGAAUUCGUCAAGAAAUCGCUUAACCACGAAUCCACCAUUUUCAUCCCAUUCAUUGAAGGAGAAGCCCUCAUUACACCUGAGAGCGGUGAUUUGGUCCAAUUGUCCAGAUCUACGAAGUCGUGUAAGAACAUUCUCUCAAAAAUCAUUCCUUUGUACACUACUCUUUUGGACACAACUCCGUCCAGAAGCGAUGAGUCAGGUAUCAAUUUAACGUUUCUAGGACUUUUAGAGGACACCGAUUCCACAUUCAAUUUUGAAUGGUCCAAUAUUUUCUAUAAGGGAACACCAUACUUUGGCUUAGAUAUUCGUGUUACUCGGGACACACUAUUCAAACAGGCUGACUUUGCACCAAUCUUUUCCUACCCGAAGAUGACCAGAGAUCACAUCUUCAAACAAACAAAUACGGAGGCUUCUUUAUAUUCGCAAGGUAGGAUGUAUUUAGAUUGGCUAGCCAAGUAUAAAUUUUGUCCCGGUUGUGGGUCCAAAUUAUUCCCAGUAGACGCAGGCACCAAACUCCAGUGUUCCAAUGAAAAUAAAACCGUCCCCUGCAACGUGAGAGAUGCACGUGUUAAUAAUGUAUGUUUCCCAAGAACUGAUCCAACAGUUAUCAUAGUUAUGACCAACUCAGACUAUUCUAAAUGUUGUCUCGCAAGAUCUAAGAAAAGGCAUGGCGAUUUUGUAUUGUACUCAACAAUUGCAGGGUUUAUGGAGCCUUCUGAGACCAUUGAGGAGGCGUGUACCAGGGAAAUAUGGGAGGAAACAGGCAUAGCAUGCAAGAAUAUCAACAUAGUCCGCUCACAGCCUUGGCCCUACCCUUGUAGUUUGAUGAUCGGUUGCCUAGGUAUUGUCGAAUUUAAUUCUAAAAAUGAGGUCAUCAAUCUAAAUCAUGACGAUGAACUAUUGGAUGCUCAAUGGUUUGAUACGACUGAAAUCAUUCGAGCAUUGGAUAAAUACACCGGUGGAUUUCGGGUUCCAUUCAAAAACGACUUGAAUUUGCCCGGAAGCACCACCAUUGCCUUUCAAUUAAUCAAACACGUCUGCGAGAACUAUAAAAGGCUAUGCAAAGUCUCACCAAGCCAUUUAUAA